CCUUCUUGGAUUGAGGCUAACAACAGAAGGCUCUUGUGUCUGUUCUUCUGCCUGAAGUGACACGACGGUGAGAGAGCAGGAAGAGACGAAGGAGAAGGUCGGAGCCCGCAAAGGGCCGUUGGACCGAUGCCCCUUUGGGAAAGGAGCAGGCCCGCCAGGGGAUGGCCCAAAGAGGAAAGGCCAGCACGUGGAGGCGGGGAAGCCUCCGCACAGCUCCCCCAGGCUCACAGCAUCACCGUUGACCGGCCCUUGGAACUAUAGCCAGAGCUAUCGAUGUCCCCUCGAGUUGACAGCCUAUGGGGCUCUAUUUAUUCGGCAUUGAUUCUCUGCGAUCGGUGACCAAGUUCGAGCAACAUCCAGGCGCCAGUUAGUCGGCCAUUACCCCUCCCAGGCCACGGCAUGGCAAUGUUUACAUCGCACAUUUUGUCAACAGGAUGGUACUUCAGAGAUAGCGAGGACAGCUCUCCAGAGGCAUGGAUGCCGGUCCCUGAAGUACCGUCCGUCGUCCAUCAGGACUUACAGGCGAAUGGAAGACUUGAGAAUCCAUACGUGGGAUUCAACGAGCUAGAUGCCAGAUGGGUCAAUGAGAAGUCAUGGGCCUACCGGAAGAUCUUGCAGACGCCAGCCAUACCCGCAGGCUCGGUAGUCGUUCUGGCGUUCGACGGGCUCGACACAUUUGCCACAGUCAAGCUUGACGACACGAUCAUUCUGGAGAGCAAUAACAUGUUUCAAGCUCAUCGAGUCGAUGUUACGAAAGCUCUGGAAACCGAAGGCGAGCACGUUCUGGAGAUUGAAUUUGAUUGUGCAUUGUUGCGCGCCCAGGAGCUUCGGAAGCAGGAUCCUAAUCACAAAUGGGCCUCUUUCAAUGGAGAUCCUGCUCGGAUGAGCGUCCGCAAAGCUCAGUAUCACUGGGGCUGGGAUUGGGGGCCAGUCCUUAUGACUGCGGGUAUCUGGCGGGAAGUGCGGCUGGAGGUUUAUUCUGCAAGGCUAGCAGAUCUCUGGACGGACAUCGGCCUGGAUUCCAAUCAUGAGUCCGCUCACGUAUCUGCAUUCACAGAGUUGGAUGCUGUAAACCUGGACUCUUCAUACAAGGUCAAUUUCACGCUAAGUUUUGAGGGUGAGGAAAUUGCCCGAGAAACAGCCACACCAAAAGACAGGAUCGCAACGGUUGAUUUUGAUAUUCCUCAACCUCGCCUCUGGUGGCCUCAUGGAUAUGGUAACCCAAACCUUUACGAGAUUGCAGCAACGUUGGAGAAAGGCCAAGAUGAAGUCCACAAAAUUGCCAAGAAGAUUGGCAUAAGAACUGCAGAGGUUAUUCAGCAGCCUGACAAACAUGGGAAAUCUUUCUUCUUCCGGAUCAACGGCGUGGAUAUUUUCUGUGGUGGCUCAUGCUGGAUUCCUGCAGACAAUCUCCUUCCGAGCAUCGAUGCGGAACGGUAUCGGAAAUGGAUUGAGCUGAUGGUUGCAGGUCGCCAAAUUAUGGUCCGGGUCUGGGGCGGCGGUUGCUACGAAGACGACAGCUUCUACCAAGCUUGUGAUGACUUGGGUGUCCUGGUGUGGCAGGACUUCAUGUUCGGCUGCGGAAACUACCCAACCUGGCCCGAGUUACUGGAGUCUAUCGAACAAGAAGCCAUCUACAACGUACGCCGGUUGCGACACCAUCCUUCCAUUGUGCUCUACGCUGGGAACAAUGAAGACUACCAGGUACAGGAAUCAGCAGGACUUACUUACAACUAUGAAGACAAAAAUCCGGAAAAUUGGCUAAAGUCCGAUUUCCCAGCCCGGUACAUCUACGAAAAGCUGUUGCCAGAUGUGAUACAGGAACUGUCUCCAAGAACCUUUUAUCAUCCCGGCAGUCCUUGGGGAGAUGGUAAGGUGACGUCUGAUCCGACAGUCGGUGAUCUUCACCAGUGGAAUGUCUGGCAUGGGACACAGGAAAAGUAUCAGAUCUUCGAUACACUCGGCGGUCGAUUCAACAGCGAGUUCGGGAUGGAAGCAUUUCCACAUCUAUCAACCAUUAAUUAUUUUGUCGAGCACGAAAAAGACAAGUACCCGCAAUCACAUGUCCUGGAUUUCCACAAUAAAGCUGACGGGCACGAACGUCGCAUCGCUACAUACCUUGUGGAAAACCUGAGAACGGCGACUGAUUUGGAGACCUACGUGUACCUCACCCAGGUUGUCCAAGCCGAGACAAUGAUGUUUGGAUAUCGUGGGUGGCGUCGCCAAUGGGGUGAUGAAAGACACUGUGGCGGUGCACUCCUCUGGCAGCUAAAUGACUGUUGGCCGACGAUCUCGUGGGCCAUUGUGGACUACUUUCUUCGACCGAAGCCUGCCUUCUACGCUGUAGCCCGGGUAUUGAAUCCGGUUGCUGUGGGCGUGCGACGCGAACAUCAUGACUGGAGUAUAACGCAUGCACAACCUCCGAAGACAAGCAAGUUUGAGCUCUGGGUUGCCAGUUCACUGCAGAAAGAGCUAUCCGGAAAGGUGGAGCUCAGAUUUCUUUCUGUAGACACUGGACACGAGAUACGGGAGCGUAUUGUGCAUGAGGAUGUUAAGAUCGUGCCAAAUGGCACUACAAACAUCAUCACAGACGGAGUCAUUGACCAUACAAUUGAUACCGAGCCACAUGUCCUCGCCGCUCGACUCUGGCUGGACGGUGACAUUGCCGCGCGGGACGUGGACUGGCCUCAGCCUUUCAAGUAUCUCGAUUUUGCGGAUCGUGGGCUUGAGGUUAGCAGGGGCUCUGAAACGGCUGAUCAGCAAACAUUCAAAAUUAGCACACAGAAGCCAGUCAAGUGCUUGGUGUUUGAGGAGCGAGACGGCAUUCGGCUCAGUGAUAGCGCGAUGGACAUUGUGCCUGGUGAUGACCAGACGGUUACGGUUACGGGACUGCGGCCGGAGGAGACCCUGAAGUACAAAUUCCUUGGACAAUGAUCAGCAGGACGGAUGAGUGUGCCGGUUGAUACUUUACUAUAGAAGUUGGCUAUCUAUGUUUUGUCGCCCUCAACUUUACCUACACCCAAACCAGUAGUAGGCGGGCUAUAG